CAAAUAUGUAUCCAAUUGGCCGUUUCCAUUGAACAACUUCCACGACGACCAGCUAGUUUAGGAUCUACAUAGUUGUAAUUCACCGUCACAAGUUCAAGCCAAGAUCGAUCGAAGACCUUAAUCCCGACUUUCAAAUUUGAUUGUGCCUGUCGUUCUCACCUCUAUCCACCAACAAUGAGUUCUCCAGACCUUUACUUCGUCAAACAACAAUUCACCCUUGGCGCAUACCCCGCCCUCGUAUCAUUACCACUCCCUGACUCUUCUUCAUCUGAUUACGCCCCUACUCUUGUCUACAAAAUCCGUGCACACAUUGCGCUAGGGGACGUUGCAUCUGCGCUCGCGCUCGUUCCUACUGACACGGAGAAUGUUGCACUCCAGGCCGCUGCCGCCCUGGCAAGGGGUGAAGAAGGCUUAGAAGCACUUCGGGAUCUAUGUGUAGAGAUAGAGGGUGAUGAAGACUCAGAAGAAUGGGAGAAGGAGAUGGUCAAAGUAUUGGCGGGAACCGCAUUCGUUCGUGCAGGGGAAAUAGAAGAAGCGCUCGAAACGCUGGGUAGCGAAGGCAAAGCCGGUGAUGAACCAGCCGCACUGUUAUCUCAAAUAUACCUUUCAUUAGCUCGACCAGCGCUCGCCCAAAAGGUCCUUGCACCAGCAUUGAAAGCAAACCCAGAUGCACUUGUGCUGCAACUCGCAGAAUCAGCCAUCUCCCUCGUAACCGGCUCACAAGGCACCAGCGGCGAGCCAUACGCACCCGCGCUCUCUUUCUACAACGAGCAAGUAGCAAAUCCCUCGAUCUCCUCUGCCGCUCUUCUCGUCGGCAGAGCAGUAGUUCGCAUUUUACGUGGCGAACUCUCUCCUGCACAGAGCGACCUAGAGGAAGCAGAAGCAAUCCUAUCGCGCGCCCAAUGCGAGAAAGGAACGGGCGACAUGCUUGCUGCUAUGGUCGUAGCUGCUAGCUUGAACGACAGCAAAAAGGGUGAGGCAGAUGAACUAUGGAGCACCCUUCCUAUCCCAUGGUUGCUGGAUAUUGGGGCUAAAGAACUUUUGUUCGAUGAAUGUGCUUCCAAAUUUCAAGUUCCUCCUAGAGCGGUCGCCGUGGCCUAGAAACCUCAGAUGAAAUUUACCUUCGUGUCCUUGAUAUCAACGUGUAUAGCGUCGUCUUCCGUCAGGGGUAGCGAACAACACGCAUGAAUUCCUGUCGUGUCCCGUGUACUACAUUCCCAUGAAUAGGAGUACAAGUCACCACCGCAGGGUAAUGUAAAAUGAAGGUACUGGAGAGUAGCGAUCGAUCACGUUGCCCAGACGUGACAUGAAUCUCCUCUUCAUUCAACACUACGGAAAUAAGGUCUCGAUUGGCAGGUCCGUGGAUCGAUCGGACGGGGCAUGCAUCCGUUCAAUGAACUAGU